CACCCGUCUGAUUUUCUGCAGUGUGUGUGUGAGAGAGAUUGUGUCAUUUAAAGGGCAGGACGACAGAGAGCAGUGGAAUUUGUGCUCACGUCGGAGCAGCUGCCAAGUGAUUAUUUCAGCGGGGGUAACAUUCACUUAGGGAAUGCACUGCAAUUCCUGAGUUCCAGUCGUUCGCAGACCUUGCUUUCGGUUAUCAGUGCAGCUCGGCGACUGUCGUUCAGCCGGGGAUAACUGCAGACGGCCGGCAAUAACGUUGUUAUCGAUGUGAAUCUGGCUUUGCGGACUGCAUAAGAGACUCUGCAGAUGAAAUGGUCAUGGUGAAUGAAAAAGUGGCUCACCCUCAGGAUCCACACCAGCCAACAGAAAAGCUGGCCAUCCGCUGCUUCAAGUGUGGAGAUCCAUGUAAAGGACAAGUGUUGCGUGUCCAGUCCAGGCACUUCCACCUUAAAUGCUUCACCUGCAAAGUUUGUGGCUGUGACCUGGCCAAGGGUGGAUUUUUCAUGAAGAACAGCGAUUACCUUUGCUCCCUGGACUAUCAGCGCAUGUAUGGAACCCGUUGCCAAGGCUGUGGAGAGUUCGUUGAGGGGGAAGUAGUGACAGCACUAGGGAAAACCUAUCACCCCAAGUGCUUUGUCUGCUCCAUAUGCAAGCGUCCUUUCCCAGCAGGAGACCGUGUGACUUUCAACGGAAAAGAGUGUCUGUGUGAGCGCUGUACCCAGCCAAAGUCCUCCAGUCCCAAAGCGGUUGUCAGUAGCAACAAUUGUGCCGGCUGUGGCAGAGAUAUUAAAAAUGGACAAGCCUUACUGGCUCUCGAGCAUCAGUGGCACCUAGGAUGUUUCAAGUGCAAGUCAUGUGGGAAGGUCCUCACCGGAGAGUACAUCAGCAAAGAUGGUGCUCCUUAUUGCGAAAUGGAUUAUCAAAAUCUCUUCGGUGUGAAAUGUGAAGAGUGUGACAAAUUCAUCACAGGAAAGGUCUUGGAGGCAGGAGACAAACAUUAUCACCCGAGCUGUGCACGAUGCAGCAAAUGCAAUCAGAUGUUCACAGAAGGGGAAGAAAUGUACCUGCAAGGCUCUACAGUUUGGCAUCCCGAUUGUAAAAAGUCUACCAGGGCUGAAGAAAACCAAAGGCCAACACGAUCUUCUUCUGAGAGUAUAUCCUCCAGACCUGGCUCCAGUAUCCCCAGUUCCCCUGGUCACACAAUAUAUGCCAAAGUGGACAAUGAGAUUCUUGACUACAAGGAUCUGGCUGCCAUCCCCAAAGUUAAGGCUAUUUAUGAUAUUGAACGCCCUGACCUGAUCACCUAUGAGCCAUACUUUGGCGCUACAAUUGAGGAUCGACAUGAACGCCAUAGUAUGGGUGAGUCUCAAUACACAAGAAGCGACAGCGACUCAGUUUUUCAGAGUGAAACUUCGCCAAGGACACUUUCCCCUACACCUUCAGCUGAGGGAUACCAGGAUGCUCGUGAUCGACUGGUGCACAGGUCAUCCAGUCAGGGGUCCAUCAGCUCACCCAGCUACAGUCGUCACUGCUAUACACCUACGGUUACACGCUCCCCACAGCACUUUCACAGGCCUGGCACUGAGCCAUCCAGUGGUCGGAGCUCCCCUCUCCCUAUGCGGCCAGACAGCAGGCCUCUAACACCAUCUUAUGUUCAGACCCCUAAACAUUUCCAUCUUCCAGAUCAAGGAACUAAUAUAUACAGAAAGCCUCCUAUCUACAAGCAAUAUGAUGCAGCUGCAAUGGCAGCACAACUCAAGACAGGCGUGGAGAUCAUCAAGUCAUCCAAGUUCCCCGCCGCCCAGGCUCCAGAUCCUGAUCAGACUUCCGAGGUGGAGACUGACUACUGGCCAGGUCCAGGUACCAUAGACAGGAGGAGAGGCAGUGAACGAGAAGAGGAAGAUGAGGAAAAACUCAGACGAAGGCAACUCCAGGAGGAGCAACUCAAUAAAAUCCAGUCAGGCCUCGGGAAGCUGAUUCUGAAGGAAGAAUUGGAAAGAGAGAAGCAAGCCCGGCUGGCAUCUCACUCUCUCUCUAGUGACCCUCAUUUCAGGCAUCGUUAUGAUUCUGCAGGGAGUGCAUCCCUGCAUGCUUCUGCAUCCAAAACCUCCUCCCUCCCUAGUUACGGAAGAAGUGGAUUGCAUAGGCCAUUGUCGACAGAUUUCACCCAGUACGACAGCUGCAGUGAUGUAAGCGAAGGUGUCAGAGAACCCCUGCCUCCACAGGAAGGACCUGUACAGGGAGCAAGGAUGGACAGGGGAGUUUCAAUGCCUAACAUGCUGGAGCCAAAGAUUUAUCCUUAUCACGUGCUUUCAGUGACCAACCGAGGACGUAACAAACUACCAAGAGAUGUAGACAGAACAAGACUGGAGCGUCAUCUCGCCCCUGAAGAAUUUUACCAGCUCUUUCAUAUGAACAUCCAGGAAUUUGACAGGUUGCCUCUCUGGAAGCGCAAUGAGCUGAAGAAAAGAGCUCACAUCUUCUAAAUCAAGCAGUGCAUGCUGGGAAAGGGGCACCCUCCAGUCUAAAUAUCUGCAUUAUAUUUUGUGGGGAAGGAGUUCAAAAAAUUAACAAGAAAAAGCCAUCUCGUGUUGCAGCAAACAACCAGUGUGAACACGGAGAUGAGAUCCCCACACAAAAGUUGCUAAGAUUUCAUUCUGAGAAUUCUAUCAAUAUUUCCUUAAUAAUGGGAGCCAGAGUAGUAGUAACUCUUGUUAAAUAAUAAAUUGUUCUGAUCUUUAUAGAAUUAUAAUAGAUUGGAAAUUAUACUGAGUUGGACAACAUUUUAUUUUCUAAAUGAUUGGAAUACUAUUCUUUGGAAACAGAUUUUAAUAUUUAGCCAUACUGCUUGAAGUAAAGUGCAGCAACUCAUGUUCUGUGCCUUGCAAGGUGAAAGUGUGGAUUUAUAGGUAGUAGGACAGUGGGGAAUUAACUAGGAAGAGAUUGGAACACAAGUUGCUCUUUGGGCUUUACUGCUUGAAAUCUUUUACACAGUGUGCUGUAGUUGAAAGAGUGUAUUUACAUCUGCUAUACAUAAUCGUCAUGCCAAACAGAAAUAUAUAAGAAAAAAAUGGAGAGGAGAGAAAUGCUCUUUAAAGUUUAUUAUUCAGCUGACUUAGGGACAAAACAUUUAGCUCAAAAGCCAACAUUGGUGUGUUAUUUUAUUAAUUCUAUUGAAAACAAAACAAAGAAUGUUGGAAUUACUGCCUGAGUACUUUGUAUCAGUAUCAAAUUGUUACUUGUGUUUGUACCUGCCUUAAUGUGACAAAUCGUCAUUUGCACUGAAACCUUUAGUACCAGGAAAGUCCUUUUAUGCAUUGUGCAUUUCAGACGGUGUGUACACAAAAAUCACGCAAUGCCUCUUGCAUAUCAAGUCCUCGUUCUAAAUUAAUAGGUCAGUUUCUUUUUCAUAUCAUUCCCAGAUGAUUUGUAAUUAAUAGCUUGGAAAUUGCACUGUGAGAAGAUUAAUUUAGAAUGGGUUUGUAAGUUCUGUAAUUAUCCGCAAACUGUUUUAAUUGAGGCAGUUAUUUGUUUAACGUGAGCAGAUUGUCUCCAUCAUAAUAGUGCUCAAAGUAAUUGGAUUCAACAAUGUUAUCCAGUAUAAUUUCUAGACUAAUAUCCUCCUGUUUUGAAAAUGGGAUUUAGUCUUGAAGUUCUGCAGUGCACCUGCCAAAGAUUUGGUUUGUAUUGCUUCUGGAUGGGUGGGGAAUUUGAUCCAGCAUUUUUACAAAAUCUGAUUAUUUGCUCAUGUCUGUGUAACAGUGAGGAAUUGAUUCAGAUGAGGCAGGCCACAUAGACUAAAUUUUAGAAAUGCUACUUUAACAAAUACGGAAUACAAUUAGAUAGGGCUAAAUUAUACAACAGAAAAAGUACAUACUCCUAUUUGUAUGGUGAGGUUUCCUUGUACAUGUUCAUUUGGCUAUUUUGCGUGCAAGAUUAUUUAUUAAUUAAAUUCACUGUCUGCUUCUAUUAUGUCAGAGUAAAAACCUCAACAACAUCUUAAAGACAAUGGCAAGUUUGCAGUUUAUUAGACACAUAGACUCUUAAACAGGAGUUUAACAGAAUACUUUUUUUGUGGAGUCUUUCCAUUAAACAAUUCUCAUUGUGUUUGUGCAGGGGAGAGUACUUAACAAAAGCAAUCAACAUAUUUAACUGAUGCUUCAGCCCCCAAAUAUUAAAUUUCAAAUUUAAAUUUAGUGUUGAACCUUUAGAGUGUAAUUACUCUAUUUCUAAUUUUUUUUGUGCUUAACGGAAACAAAUGCAUUGGUUUCAGUGUUUCUGAACUGAGCGGGGUGCAAAUUUUUUCCGGUCAAUAGCAAAUCAGCUGUUUUUAUGCUGUAUCCAAAAUCCUAAUGUAUGAAGUUGAUUUCAAAAUUUGAGAGCAAUUUAGAUAGUUACAUGGAUGAGAGGGAUAUGGAGGGCUCUGGUCAAUGGGAGUAGGCAGCAUAGACUAGAUGGGUCAAAGAGCCUGAUCUGUGCUGUAGUGUUCUCUGACUAUGCAGAGAGAUUGGGUCUGAUUUGGAAAUGGACUGCAUCCUAUUUGCAUUACUGCUCAAGGUUAAAUUAUACCUCAGAGUUGCUAAUGUCGUGUUUCAAGUGGGCAUGGUGAUAUUCUGAAGGAUAAACAGAAUGAUAAGUGGCCAGUGUCAAAAUGAAGCAAAAUUCCCUCCUGACUUCAAUGUACAGUUAAUGCCUGCAACAGAUGAGAUUAUAUUUUUAUCAGAUUUACAUUGAAAUAAAUUGUGUGUCAGGCAAAUUUACUUUCAAUAACCAUUUAAAAAAUACUUUGAUGACUUUUAAUUUUAUGAUUUAACAAUAAUUCCCAUAGUUCUGUAUAUCCCACAUCCACGAAAUUCUUUUGGGAGGGUGGGGCAAGCCCCUCUCAAGAAUGGCGCUGUUUAUAAUGAUUACUCUAAUUUCUACUGAUUAAGCAACAAGAUGGAACUUGGCCUUUCAUUGCGGCAGGUAAAAUAACUUGAAAUCUGAAGUCUAAAAUUAAAAUUGUAAAUGCUAGACAUAGACAGCAGGUCAUCCACUCCAGAAGAAGACUGUUUCAAACAGAUCUCAAUUCUGAUGAUAAACUCCAUCUAAAUCAUCCAAUAACUUUCCAGUGCAAUUCCCUAUCUUUCCCCUCAAGCAUGUUCUGCCAGACGUGAUUGGAUUCUGCCAGAUUCCGAAAUCUAAGUUACAACCUUAAGGGAAGAGAUGGUGGUUAUCUCCUUGGCAUUUAUUUCAUCCAUCAAGCUGCAUUUGCCUAGAAUCCCUGUGCAUAAACUUUGCAUCUCUCUUCCAGCUUCUUGGGAAAGGCACAAUGACUGGAGGUGAAUAAUUAGUUCUUGAGAUCUCAGUUUCUAUUUCAAAAUUUCUCCUGGUUGUUCUUCCUUUGACAAGGUAAAACUGGCUUCAUAAACAUUUAUUGAAUAGCCAGCUGUUUUGUUCUACAAACAGCAAUAUAUAUGAAACUUCAAUUGAUUCUGCUAAUAGGGUACACUGUAGCAUAGUGGUUAGCACAGUGCUUUACAGUACCAGUGAUCCGGGUUCAAUUCCUGCCGCUGUCUGUAAGGAUUGUGUAUAUCCUCCCUGUGACCAUGUGGGUUUCCUCCCACAGUCCAAAGACCUACGGGUUGGGGGUUAAUUAGUCAUUGUAAACUGUCUCAUGAUUUGGCUGGAGUUAAGUCUGGGGUUGUUCAAAGAGCUGGUAGGGCCUACUCAGCACUGUAUGUAUCUCAAUUAAUAAAUAAACGUUUGUGAUAGGCAAGGGAAUUAAAUUUUGAAAAAGGAGUGUUCACUUACUGAUAUUACUAUAUUUAUCAGAAGCCCGCCCAAUUGGUCCUUACCCUAAUUUGACUGAAUCAGUUAAAUUACAUAAGCCAAUAUUUUCAUCUGGAUUGCUUUUGCAAUAACUGGUUCAUUUCUGCUCUGCACUCUUAGAGCUUUCUACCGACACAGCUAGCAUUCUGAUUUCAUAAAAUAUGCCAUUUUCAUGUAAUAUUCCAGAAAGAAUAUUCCAAUAGAAAGAAGUAUUAUGGUAUUAGUGUAAUAGCUAAGAGUGAGAAAUAAGGCCAGCUAUAUAUUACAUUUAGCCUUGCUUUCAAUCCAUCAAUAAUUGCCCAUUAAUAAAGCAAUGUUAUUAGUGUUUAAUUUAUUUUCUCCUUGCUUUAACUUGGCCAUGCCAGUGCUGUCGAUGAGCAAGUGCAAAGAAUCAUGUUGACAAUCUCUAACUGUUGCACAGUGCAUGUGCACACAGAGAGCUCAUUGUCAGAACUCAUUUUGGUUUACAGUCUCCGGGGCAUGCCUUGCGGUUGCUUCAUUGUAGUUAAUGAAAAGCUAAUCUGUGUUGUGCAAUAUGGAGCGAAUAUAAAAGUAAAGUAACAAAGACUUUCAAACAGCAGUCUGAGCCUCUUGGUUAAACUGGACUUUAUUGUUAGCGUUAUUAUACUGUGUAAAUGGUGAUUUAAUAAUAGACGCAGGAAUUUCUGCAGAUGCUGGAAAUCCAGAGCAACACACACACAAAAUGCUGGAGGAACUCAGCAGGUCAGGCAGCAUCUGUGGAAAUGAAUGAGCAGUUGAUGUUUCAGGUCAAGACCCUUUAUCAGGACCCUCUCUCACAGUCUCUGUCUCUGUGAUCCCGCUCUCACUGUCUGUGAUCCCCCUCUUCCUCUCUCACAGUCCCUCCCUCUGUGAUCCCUCUCUCACUGUUGUUCCUCUAUGAUCCAAGGAGUUCACUGAAACACUCUCUCACUGCUCCCCCUCUGUUAUUUUAAAAGUAGAAUGACCUUUGGACGUUGUUAAAUGGUGUUUGCUGCUACUCUGUCUCAUCCAGGCAUCCAGGUCAGUGGGAAGCACAUUGGCAACUUUACCAGAAGUCAAAGCCAAUUUUAAUGAUCUGCCAAAAUCAAUAAUCAGAUUCAAUUCAAAAGCACUAACAUAUGCCAUGAAAUGAAUUAUUUUACAGCAGCAGUACAGUGCAAUGUAUACAUAAAACUAUGAAUUAUAAUAAGAAAUAUAAUAUAUAUUAAAAUAAUAAAUAAGUAGCGCUAAAAGGAAAGUAGAAAUAUUGAGGUGGUGUUCAUGGGUUUAAAGUCUGAUAGUGCUGGGGAAGAAGCUGUUCCUGAAAUGUAGAGUGUGUGCCUUCAGGCUCCUGUACCUUCUCCUUGAUGGUAGCAAUUAGAAGAGCACACAUCCCUAGUGAUGGGGGUCUUUAAAGAUACAUGCCACCUUUUUGAACUGAUAAUCAUAGCUGUAAGCUUGAAUAAUUGUGACAGGUUUUUAUACCAACAGGUUUUUACAGGGUGGUAUUAAGACGAUCAGUGAUCAAAGCAUUACAACAAAGCAAAGAGCAGGUCCAAGUCAUGUGGUUCCCUUGAGUCUGCUCAGACACUCGAUAAGACCAUGUCCAGUCUGAUCUUGAUCUCUGCUCCACUUUCAGACCUGUUUACCCUCGAUCCCUUGUAGACCCAAUAUCCUCUACUUUGCCUUUGCAGAGAUUGAAUUACUGAAUAUAAAUAGGCCUCUGCCAAAUCCAAAAGGUCAUGGCCCCUUUGAGAGAAGAAAUUAUUUCUCUUCACCAUUUUAAAUGGACAGUUGCUUAUUCAAAAACUAUCCACCAUAAAAGAGAAAAAGCUACUAGCAUCAACAUCGAAGUAAUGACUGUUUUCAGUUAGAUGAACUGUUUGUCUUAAACUCCAAUGAUAAUGGACUAAUUUUCCCAACAUAUCCUUGUGACAGCACAUUGAUCAAGAUGUGUAUUUAGAAACUGGAGUUAAAGAACGGCAGGAACUGUCACACUGUGCACUUGGUUGUAUAAUACUAGUUCAGGAAAUCUUGGUGCUUGAUUGUCAGUGGUCCUUCGAUGGGCCAAAUGGCUUCCUUUCUUGAUAUAAAUCUCUAUGAUGCUGUGAAUUACAAUUAAGCAUUGAAGGAGAUCUAUGAAGCCACUGAUCACAAUGAACUUUCAUUCCAAAUUUAUUUCAAAGUUUUAAAAAAAGUAAAGUUUUUUCUGAUCUGAAGAAGUUGCAUGUGUGUAACUAGCCAUUGGGAAGCUGAAUUCAUUCCAAAUUUUUGCUGAAGGCAUUUGGGUUUUGACAAGGAGUCAGAAUUUCCCACCAGAUUAACAGAUUCCUCUUCCCUUCAUUUUCCUGAGACAUGUUACCGUCUCCAGUUGGCCUUCUUCCAUCCAAAACUAUAAACAAGGAAUUUAGCCAGCAAGGUGAUGGAACUUGCUUCCUUCUUUCAUCAUCAAUGACACCAUGUAAUGGGGUUUAUUUUAAGAUUAGCAAUAUUUCAUUAAUUGAAAAAAAACAUUUUUUUCAUUUUUUUCAAUAGGGAGAAUGAAAUGGUGAUGCUUUCUUUAAUUUUAUUAACCAUUAUAAUCAUUCCAAUCCUCAUAGGUGUUAGAUUCAACAAAGCACAUAAAAAUGGAGAUUUAAGUUUCAGUCCAAUUAUUUUAAUUAAAAGCAGCUUAAUUCAAUGUUUGUCAUUUAUACUGAUCACCCACUGUGUUGCAUUAUUAGCAAUUUAAUUCAAUUUUAUUGCAUUCCACUUGAGAGCAAGAAGAGUUUUUUGAGUUAUCAGAAGUGAAUCAUAAUUAAAAUAAUAUUUUGAUGAGGAGUGAGACUGUGGAGAAAGGUUAGAGUUUUGGAUGAAACGUGUCUUGUGCACAACUUCCAUAGUAAUGUGUGUCACAAGGGAAUCCUGUUGGUAUGUUCAUUUUCAUAGGGAAUGUAUCCAGAGGCAAAGGUAGUCACAUCUGCUUUGUAACCAUUUACUAAAUACAACACCUGCUACCUAUAAAUACAGAAUGCAUAUCUGUUGAACCUCUUAAGUACAAAUCACUUUUAAAUACUUGGCCUGCUUAAAUGAUUAUUAUUUGCUGUUGCCUUUGAUGAAACUGGCUUGAUCCAGCAGUAGUCUCACAGAAAUUUGGAAACAUUCUCUAAUGCAAGGGUUCCCAGCCUUUUUGUGCCACAGACCCCUACCAUUAACCGAGUUGGGAACUCCUGCUCUAACACUUUGAGUGUCCAUUGUGGUAAGACUUGUCAGACUGAGAGGGUUUCAGACCACUGCUGUAAUCUGAGUAGAGGGGACCACCUGAGUGCUGGAUUGUUUAACCCAGGGGUUCCCAACCCGGUGUCCAUGGACCCCUUGGUUUAAUGGUAGGAUUCGAUGGCAUAAAGAAGAUUUGGGAAGCACUGGUAUAACCCACGUUUUAUGCUUUGCUCUGAGUGAUCCAUCUGGGCAGAUCAACUGUCAUGUUGUUGCCCUCUCAUCCAAAUUCACUAAGCACACUGACCCUUACCAUCGUCAACUUUGACACUGAACUGCAUGGUCUCAAGUCCCAUGGGCUAUAAUUCAGAUUGGAUAAAUUGGUGGCCUUGCCACUUCCAGUAAUAACAUGUCCACUCUCCUUAUCACUGCAAGGUGGCCCUGGAACUCCAAAGGAGUAAGACCAUAGGAUAUAGAAGCAGAAUUAGGCCAUUUGGCCACCUACUAGACUCUCACACAAGUGGAUCCACUCUAACCACAUCCUUCAGUUUCCUGGAGGUAUCAAUGAGAUUGCCUCCCCCAUAACCUUUGACACCAUGACUAAUCAAGAACCUAUCAACCUCUGCUUUAAAUAUACCCAAUGAUGGCCAUCUGGGGCGAUUAAUCCCAUAGACUCACUAUCCUCUAGCUAAAGAAAUUUUCCUCCUCUCUGUUCUAAAAUGGACAGCCCUCUAUUCUGAGGUUGUGCUCCCUGGUCCUAGACUGCCCCACUAUAGGAAAUGUCCUCUCCACAUACACUCUGUCUGUGUCCUCUGGUCCUAGACUCCCCCACUACAGGAAACAUCCUCUCCACAUCCACUCUAUCUGUGUCCUCUGGUCCUAGACUCCCCCACAAUAGGAAACAUCCUCUCCACAUACACUCUAUCCAGACCUUUCAAUAUUCGAUAGGUUUCAAUGAGACUCCCCCCCCCAUUCUACUAAACUCCAGAGAGUACAACCCAGAACCAUGUGAGGCUCCUCAUACAAUAACCCUUUCCAAUGCCAGUUUUCUUAGAUAAGAGGCCCAAAACUGCUCCUAAUACACCGAGUGCAAACUGACCUAAAAUAAAGCCUCAGAAUUACAUCUUUACAACUCCCUACACUAUACUCCAUCUGCCGCUUCAUUGCCCAUUCUCCCAAUCCAUCUGCAAACUCACUACUAGUCUCUGCACCUGUCUUUGUAUUGGCCACAAACCUGGCCACAGCCAUCAAUUCUGUCAUCCAGAUCAUCGAUAUAUAACGUGAAAAGCAGUGGCGCCACCAAAGACUGACCUGCAGAACACCACUAGUCACCAGCAACCAACCAGAAAAGGCCCCUUUUAUUCCCAUUCUCUGCCUCCUGCUAAUCAGCUAAUGCUCUAUCCAGGCUAGCAUCUUUUCUGUAAUACCAUAGGCUCUUAUUAAGCAGCCUCCUGUGCUUCAUAACCAUAAAUAGUUUCUUCCGUACCCUCUGCCUCCAUUUUCCAUUCUCAUCUCAAGAGUUUAUUUCCAGUGUGAUGGACCCCUUUAGAUUUACUCCAAAGCUCCAGUUGCCCACUCCUCAGGGCUUGUAACUGUCUCCAAAACCAAUGCCAAUAACUACAGUCUGGUGCUAACCCACCUGUUUUUUCAAUACUCACUGAAGUCACAUUUUGCUCAGUUCAAGUUAGCACCAGCUAAGGAUCUGACUUUGAGCUCUGCAUUUCAGCAGUGCUCACCAGGGUCUUACCUGCCUCUGCCGUGUGCUCUGUUAGUCGCUGAGCUGACCGCCAAACAUCCCCCUGUCUAAUACCUCCUGAACCGUCAUCUGCUUGAAGUCUUGUCCUGAUCUCCGGCUGCCCAAAAUGCUUGAUCAUUUUCCUGCCAAACUUCCUAGCCUUCUAACUGUCGCAGUUAAUGAAGACUUUGUACACUCAAUCCUCUCCCUUUCUCAAUCAAGAUCUGUCCUCCUCAGCUUCUACAGCUCAGUAUAUUGAGAUGAAAAUCUUUAUCCACAGUUUCAAAUCAUUCACCCUUUUCUGUAUUUGUUCUCAGUUGUAAAAUAUUCCUUCAUCACAUUUUUUGUUUCUCUUCAAGCUUACAGGCACUUGAAAAUGUAUUCUCUUCAAAUAAUGUCUUGUUUCACCUCUCCCAUUCCUUGCCUUACUCCUCUGCAAUGUUGUUCUCUCCUCCAAAAGUGCUUUGACACGCCGCUAAUGUGAUGGGGCAUAAUGUAAAAUCCACGUUGCUAACAAUAUAUCAUUUAAAAUGUGUUUAGUUUGGCUUUUCUGUAGACAAAAGAACAAUCUGAAACUCAUUUGCUGUUAGAUAAAUGGCACUGUGCCUGAUAAAAGAGCAGAAUGAAUUACAGAACCUCAUUUUGUCUCGAAUUUACUAUAUCAGUGUAAAAUGUUUCAGCUGCGAUUGUAUAGUUUUUGUUUUGCCUUCAAUAUUUUUCCACAUAUGCACUAUUGGAGAAUUUGUUCUGCCACUGUCAUUGUUCCCCUAAAUAUCAUUUCCUUUGAUUGAUGUUGUUAUAUUGCAGGGAGCAUUUAUGUUGUGCAUCCCUUCGACACCACCAUAAUCAAUGUUAAUCAAGUAAAUAAAGAUGGUUUUGUGCUUUGUU